AAUAAAACUAUAAUGAAUUUUUUUUCCAUACUGGUCAAUGACACAAAAACUUCAAACCCAGAUUAUUUGAUAGAUCCCCAAAACAAUUGGAAUUAAAAAUUCAUACAAAUUUGAAAUAAGGUUUUUAAAUGAUAAAUGGUUGCUGCAUAAUAUUUUAGAAUCACCAUUACUGUAGUUUUAUUGAAUUCCAAAAGCGUACAUCAUCAGUCAAAACCCCCUUCCCCCAGGGUAUGUUUUAGUGAAAAAUAAUAAUAAUAUAAUAUUACAUUUUUUUGGAUCCCAAUGCCAAUCUGAAUCGUGCCAAUGACUUAAAAAUAGUUUGAAAACAACAAUUAUAAUUUUUAUAUUAAAGGAUUUCAAUCAUUGGCUUUUAUUUUUUAUAUUUCGUGAGGGAAACCCCACUAUUAUCAUUCCUUUACAUUUUCCAAUUAAUAAUAUAUUAUGACAUUAUUAUAAUGUGGGUUUUUAUGAUUAAAUUAUCAUUUCCAGUUACUAAAUUUUACUAAUUUGAGUAAUGUUCACAGUUUUAAUGCAGUUUGCAACACAAUUUUUAUUACAAUCUGUUGUCAUUAAAUAAUUAUUAUCUUUCCUUAUUUUAGUAACCAUGCCAAGAAGCAAAAGGCUCACUACGCAGAGGGAUAAGUUUUCAGUUGGUGAUGCAGUAAUAGCCCUUUGGCCACCAAAUGGGUCUUGGCAUUCAGCCAUAGUAAUGAAAGAUUUUAAAAAUGGAAAAUACAAAGUUCAAUAUGAAGAAGAUUCUCUCACAAGAUCUUUAUUUGAACAUCAAAUUAAACUUAAAGCAAUGGAUCCAGUAAUGGAUAACACGAUAAAUCUUCCAAAACCAUCAGCGGAUGAUGAGUUAAGUCCACAAAGUCCAUUAGUCUCAGAUGACCAGGAAGAAAUUCCAGGAUUAUCACAAAUCAGGCAGGAGCAUCAAAAUCCACCAAGUCCAUCAGUGCCAGAUGACCAGGAAGAAAUUCCAGGAUUAUCACAAAUCAGGCAGGAGCAUCAAAAUCCACCAAGUCCAUCAGUCCCAGAUGACCAGGAAGAAAUUCCAGGAUUAUCACAAAUCAGGCAGGAGAAUAACAGUCAACAAAGUCCAUCAGUCCCAGAUGACCAGGAAGAAAUUCCAGGAUUAUCAAAAAUCAGGCAGGAGAAUCACAUUCCACAAAGUCCAUCAGUCUCAGAUGAUGAGUCUAGCAUGAAUAGGGAUAGUGAUAGUUCCUGGAUUCCAAGUACAUGUAACAGUGAAACUUUCAGUGAUGGGGAAGAAAUUCCAGGAUUAUCACAAAUCAGGCAGGAGCAUCAAAAUCCACCAAGUCCAUCAGUCCCAGAUGACCAGGAAGAAAUUCCAGGAUUAUCAAAAAUCAGUCAGGAGAAUCACAAGGACAGUCAAAAAAAUGAUAACAAGAUUAUUGUUCAAUGUACCUCAAAUAUUCAAAAUCAGAGGGUAUUUGAUAAGAAAUUUCCAUGCAUAUAUUGCUCGAAAUUUUAUUCCCAAAUACAACGCCACUUAAGAGAACAACACCAUACAGAACCAGACGUAAUUGCAAUUAUGAAUGAAAAAGACAGGAAAAAGAAGAGUGAUAUGAUGGACUUAAUAAGAAACAAAGGAACUCACAGGCAUAAUUGUUCAGUAAUCAGAAAUGGAGAGGGGAAAUUUAUUGUUUCAUACCGUCCAUCUCAUGGAAAUGCGAAAUAUGAUGAUUACGGACCAUGUGAGUUUUGUUUAGGUUAUUUUAUUAGAACGGAUUUAUGGAAACACGACUGUCAUCAUAAGUCUGCAAUAGAUAAGGUUAAGUAUACUUCAAGGCCUGCUUUGUCAAGCAAACUACUAGUACCCCCACCUAAAGGUACAUCAUUAGGUCUAUAUCAAGUAACACAGAAACUAUCAAAUGAUGACAUAUCUCGAGUAGCAAAGAAUGAUCCACUCAUUUUAGAAAACGCACAGAGACAUUUUAUGAAAUGUGGGCACGAUGUGGAUCAACAUUGUGAUAUACGCACCAAAAUGCGAGAAGCUGCACGUCUGCUCAUUGACUUGCGCAUAAUUACAAAGAGACCAAAUGCGUCUAUGCAUGACUUUAUGAAACCAGCAGAAUUUCGCAAUGUUGUAUUAGGUGUUCAGAGGGUUGCAGGGUUUGAUGAAAAUAUGGUGUACAAAACACCCUCUUUAGCCCUAAAACUAGGCCAUACAUUGCAGAAAUUUGCUAAAAUCGUGCAAGGUCAGGCUAGUGAAAUUAAUGAUGAUGAGAUGUACAAAAAUGCAAAAGCAUUUUCAAAAAGAAUUCAAAGUGAAUGGAGUGUCUUUGUCUCGUCCGUUGCUUUAAGAACCAUGUAUGAUGCAAAGAGGAAUCGCCCCAAACUGUUGCCCCUAACAAAUGAUGUAAUGAGACUAACAAAUCAACUAAAGGAAGUUGGGAACAAAAACCUUUCAAUAUUGAAUGAUACCAAAAACACAAAUGACUUUCAAGAAGCUUGGAUUAACCUUGCUGAGGUAACAUUGGCACAGAUAGUUUUGUUUAACCGUAGAAGAACAGGUGAGGUAUCCAAAAUGAAGUUGGAAGACUUCAAGUUCACCAACCGCUUGCCAGAUUCUAUUGUUUCCCAAUCACUUAGCCCAGUAGAGAAGGAGCUGUGCAAAACUCUAAAAAGAGUAGAAGUAAAAGGGAAGAGAGGCAGAACUGUGCCUAUUCUUUUGACAGAUGAAAUGUCAGGAUGGCUUCAGACGGUAGUGGCCCGUCGCCCAAAAACAGUGAAACCGCAAAAUCCUUUUGUAUUUCCCCGGACAUAUUUUAGUUCACUAGGACAUAUCCGAGCCAGUGAUGUUCUGCGAAAGUACAGCAAUACCUGUGGAGCUGACAACCCAGAAACAUUGCGUGGAACCAAAUUAAGAAAGCAACUUGCAACAUUAUGUCAAAUACUCAAUUUACAAGAACAUGAGUUAGACAUUGUUGCGAAUUUCAUGGGUCACGAUUUAAGAGUCCACAGAAACUACUAUCGGCUACCCGACAAUGUCCUUCAAGUAUCAAAGGUGUCGAAGAUACUUCUUGCUGUGGAAAAAGGAGUUUUAGCACCAUCGAAAAGUUUAGACGACAUCCCAUUAGAUGAAGAAGAACUUGUUGAGGUGGACGAGGAGGAGCAUGAAGUUGAAGAUGAUGACGAACUUCAAGAACAUAGUGUUGAAAGCUUGCAUAGUAUAGAAAAUAUUGUUUCGACUGACAGAAAAGAAUCAGCCAAAUGCUCUGCAAACCAAAAAAUGAAGUCAAGAAAGCAAAAGCAUGUGCCAUGGAAUAAAAAUGAGAAAGAUGUACUGAUGAAGCAUUUCCACAAACAUAUCUUGACUAAACAACUCCCUGGAAAAAAAGAAAUUGAUAGAUGCCUAAAAGAAGAACCGGCCCUCCAUAGAAGGUCAUGGAAAAAUAUUAAAGACUAUGUGAGAAAUAAUAUGGUUAAAAAAAGUUGUUUGUGAGACAAAAAUGGUGACAAUUAUGGAAUAACGUAUGCAGAUAGUGUUCUGUGAACUCAUUUUUGUAGCUCUGUUUGUCAUACUAUAAAAGUUCACAUCUAUUUUGUUUGGUUACUCCUGAUCAUUUGCCAUAAAAUAUAAAUUAUGUGCAUUUCAUAUGAAUUACCGUAUUUACAGUGUUCACUAACAUAGACGUAUAGAUGAGGCAUAGACAUAUAUAAGGCAAUUUAAAAAUGGCAAAGGAAUUGCAACAUUCUCUCACAUUUUGACUCUGAUUCCACUCUGAAAUGUUGUGUUAGUUUUAAACUGUGCACUGAUAAAGUAUUUCCACAAAAAUAUCUUGACCAAACACUUCCUGGAAAAAAAAAAUAAAUUGAUAGAUGCCUAAAAGAAGAACCGGCCCUACAUAGAAGGUCAUGUAGGAAUAUAAAAGUUUAUGUUAGAAAUAAUAUGGUUAAAAAAGUCGAUUUUGAGACAAAAAGGGUGACAAUUAUAGGAUAAUGUUCCCAUUUUAAAAGCUCGAAGACAGUUUAAAACUUUAAAACACAACAAUUGAACACACAUAUGGCAUCAAAACGUGAGAGAAUGUUGCAAUUCUUUUACCAUUUUCAAUAUCUCCCUAUGUGUUGUCUAUACUAUUGAACACUGUCAAAUACUGUAAUUUAUAUGAAAUACUUACAUUUUGUGGCAAAUGAUCAAUUAUUAAAAGGUUAGUUUACAACUCUAAAGAUAUAUAAUUUUAUUACUUUUUACUCCAUUAAUCAGUCUUUCUUUUACUUGUAGCCAACAAAAUACAUGUGAACUUUAGUACUGUGACAACAAACAAAAAAGAGAUAGUGUUGACAUUUGUGAGUUUACUUUUGAAUUUACAAAUGUCAACACUAUCUAUGGCAAUUUUUUUUGAUGAUUCUCCCUUUUUAGAUUUUAAUAGAUGACUAUAUUUAAUCAGAUUUCCAGUGAAAAUUAUGUUGAAUCUAAAAGAGGAAGACAUUGUGGUAAAAAUACAUUUAUAUGCUAAUUUUUUACUGCACUUUUGUCAACUUUACCUUUGGUACUACUAGAAUGACAUUUUCUUUCAUUUCUCCCACAUAAUGGUCUGAUAUAUAUAGUAGACAGCCUCGCUGAAGGUUCCUUGAGUUUUUCUGUCUAUUAAUAUUAAUAAUCAUCAUAUGGGAGAAAUCUAAAAAGGGUGAGACUCACCCAAAAUUGAUAUUCUUUAAUAUGUAGUGGUAUAUAAAGUUGUGGUAUUCUCCUCUGCUAUCCAAAAAUAUUUAUAAUUAUAGUAGAAGAGUUUACAAAAUAUUUUGAAUUUGUUUUAUUUUGAUCCUAUUUUUUUAUAUUUUGAUGUGUAUGAUAUAUUUUAUGGUGCUAUGUUACAGAAACCAUUCUUACUUUAUGGUUGUAAUAUUUACAAACUGAACAAAUUGCUAGUCUCCGACUCUCCAGUGACAAUUAUUGAAAUUUAUAUGGUAUAUGCAAAUUAUAAACAAAGAAUAUCUUU